UUGGAACAUCGACUCGAGCACCCGGUCCGCGGCGCCACCAAGCUGCCCUCCCCGAACCGCGCGGCAAAGAUCUCACGCCGGUACCCCCGCGCCGACGACGCCCGACCAGCCGGCGCCCACACGCCCCCGCCCCGCUGCUGCGCACGCCCAGCCCCGGCCCAAUGCCCUUUCGCGCGCCUGCCCGCGCCCACCGCCACCGCCGCCCACGCCGCCACCGCCGCGCGCGUCGCGCCGCCGCUCGACUACGAGUACUACGACGACGAGGACGCGUCCGUGCUGGAUGUCAGCCCGCUCUCCAGGAAGGUACGCAUCCACUCGGACGGCUACAUCGAGUGCUUGGACCAGGGCAACUUCCCGCACCCGUACUCGUGCAAGCAGUUCAUCUCGUGCGCCAAGAUGGAGAAUGGCGACCUGCUGGGCUGGGAAUACACGUGCCCGAGGCAGCUGUCCUUCGAUCCCAUCGGAGGCAUCUGCAACUGGUCGGCGGGUCUCGGCUGCAAGGAGUGAGGUCCAGCAUAGCCGCGUUCAACAUUUCGAACGGCUCUUGUUCAACGACAAAAAGACAUUGGUUAAGUUCUCUAUCGCGUUUCGUUAGUGGUUCAUCUUUUGCCAAAAGCAAUACACUAGCUCGUUGAAGAAUCAUUGGAGUACAAAAUAAAACUUAUUUCACGAGAGAAAUGCGCCUGAUGAUCGAAAGUGGGCCUCAUGUGUCACGUCUGAAACAUUCGCGGUAAUAAUUCUUAUCUCUGUUGUUUGUUGAAUAUUAUAGCAUUAGCUUUAGGAGCUGGGCAAAACAAUCUGUGCAUAAAUGUUUUGCUUGACUUCUGUUAUCAAUAUUUUGUCAACUAUCUUCAUAAAUCGUGUUUAUAGCUACCGAAACGUGGUAAGAAAACGGGAAUUGUUAAUCGUUGAAUAUUCGUAAUAAAGAGAUGAAAUAUUUUUCAUUUCCAAAAACAAAACUUAAAAAUAAAUAAGCUUAUUUGUAAAUUUUACAUUAGAAUUACAUUCUACAACACUUCGAUAAUUAGAUGAUGCUAUUAGGUUACGUAGAGCUUGCCUACUGUGAAUCACGAUAUCUAUAUGAACUAUGAAGACAUUUGACCUCCAACUAAAUACUUUCACUUCGAAUAAAGUGAAGCGCUAUCUCGAACUGGAGACACAUUUUUUUUUUAUUUACACAUUCUAAGCCUAAAGUAGAAUAUUUGGAGAAUUAUAUCCACACGUACUGCGAACUGUUCAAACGAACUCGAUUAGUACCAAAUUUAAGUUAUCGAAGAUAACAGAAGUGUAUCCUAGAACAGAACGUGUCAAUAGUUCACGUGAUACGGGAUACCUAAGGGAUAGGUUCGAAAAAUAAACGGACGCAACCGAGAAAGGAAUUGUAGUAGUUAAUUGGAAUCUUAAGUGAUAAGCGAUCAACCCGUAUGGGCACUUAACUUAUACAUCCUCAC